GGAGGAGGAAGCGUUCAGCCAUUUUAGCCAAGAGGCGAUUAGGCGUCAACAAAAACAGUGUACUGAAUGUCCGUUUUUUUAUUGGUUCUCAGUUAUUGCGCAUUAAGAAAAUAAACUGGUUGAAGAGGGCACGAAACGACGUCUCCGUUAAUAAGAGAGAGGUGGCGAAGAUGGCCGUCGACAGGCGGGACGACAAAGAUGGAGAACUUAAUGUUCUUGAAGACAUCUUGACUGAUGCUCCAGACCAAGAUGAUGAGCUGUACAACCCAGAAAGUGAGCAUGAUGUCAGUGAAAAGAAAGGAUCCAAAAGGAAAAAUGAACGGGGAGACAACCAUGAUUCGAAACGGCUUAGGUCUUCAGGCCAUUCUACCAGGCCACCAGUUAAGAGCUCCACCUCUUCCACUGGAGCCAAUGGGAAGAAGCUGACCAAUCUGAGAAGCCGUCACCCACCUGAUGACUAUUAUGACGACCGGAAGAACCAUUCUGGCAGAGGGGGGUCUUCGAGGGUUGACUUGUCCAAAGGACACAGUGAAAAAACUCUAAGUCGCAGCCGGGAGCAGCAGAGGAGGAUCAGACCGCUGAUGCCAGAGCUGACCGAGAAGAUGCACAGGAAGAACGAGGAGAGCAUGGGCAGAGUCAGCCGCUCCUCUAAGGAUGAGGAAGAGGAGGUGGCAAGGUCUGAGGAGUACGCUUCUGAUACAGACAGCUCCGUGGGCUCCUCCGAGGCCAACCACUCUGAUGUCGAAGAAGAGGAGGUGAUGGAGGAGGAGGAAGAAGAGGAGGGAGAGAAGGGCCCGGAGGAUGAGGAAGAGGAAGAGGAGGUUGAGGAAGAAGGAGAGGAGGAGGACGAAGAAGAAGAAGAGUACGAGCUGGAAGACGGUGACCAGCGGGAAGGAAAUGAGCAGAAUGACUAUGACACACGCAGCGAAGCCAGUGAUUCGCAGUCUGAGUCCGUCUCUUUCUCGGAGGGCGAGUCAGUGCACUCUGCCUCGGGCUCCGAGGUGUCCGAUGAGGAAAGAAAGGAGAAGAAUCACGCUAGAGGGAUAUCACCAAUCGUUUUUGAUAGAAGUGGAAGCUCAGCUUCAGAGUCAUACACAGGGUCUGAAAAGAAGCACGAAAAACUGCCAUCCUCAGUCCGCGCUGUGAGGAAAGAUCAGACCAGCAAGCUGAAGUACAUCCUGAGAGAGGCCAGGUUCUUUUUGAUAAAGAGCAACAACCAUGAGAAUGUUUCUCUGGCUAAAGCAAAGGGGGUGUGGUCCACCCUGCCUGUAAACGAGAGGAAGCUGAAUGCGGCAUUCCGCUCGGCCAGGAGUGUCAUCCUUAUCUUCUCUGUUAGGGAGAGUGGCAAGUUUCAAGGUUUCGCUCGACUCUCAUCUGAAUCCCAUCAUGGAGGGUCUCCCAUCCACUGGGUGUUACCUGCAGGCAUGAAUGCCAAGAUGCUUGGAGGAGUCUUCAAAAUCGACUGGAUCUGCAGGAGGGAGUUGCCCUUCACAAAGACUGCCCAUCUGUCCAACCCCUGGAACGAGCACAAGCCAGUGAAGAUUGGUCGUGAUGGGCAGGAGAUCGAGACAGAAUGUGGUUUGCAGCUGUGUAUGCUCUUCCCCCCUGACGAGAGCAUCGACCUGUAUCAGGUCAUUCACAAAAUGCGGCACAGGAGGAGGAUGUACUCAGAGCCUCGGUCGCGGGGCCGCCCCCCGCACAGAGAGCCUGCCCCCAGAGACCUGGGAAGGCGUCGCCCAGAGGAAUAUGACAUGCACAACAGGAAGCGACCCAGGAUUGACUAUCCUCCUGAGUUCCCCCAGAGACCAGGUUUUAUGCAGGACCCUCGCAACCCACCUGUGGACAGGCGCUUUUCUGGUGUUAGGAGAGAUGUUUUCCUCAAUGGAUCUUACAAUGACUACAUGCGAGAAUUCCACCAUAACAUUGGACCUCCUCCGCCAUGGCAGGGAAUGGCUCCGUACCCUGGUAUGGAGCAACCCCCUCACCAUCCAUAUUACCAGCAUCACCCCCCGCCACCCCAGGCCCACGCUCCGUACUCAGGACACCACCCCAUGCCCCACGAUGCCCGCUUCAGAGAGAAGAGGGUCGUCCGCUCAUUCUCCUCCAGCCUGCACGAUUAUGACAUGCGUGUGGAUGACUUCCUGAGGCGCACGCAGGCUGUGGUGAGCGGCCGCCGAAGCCGUCCCAGGGAGCGGGAACGGCAGAGAGAAAGGGACCGUCCACGGGAUGCCCGCCGGGACCGCGAAAGGGAGCGCGGACGUGAGCGGGACCGUGAACGAGACCGUCUCCGAGACCGUGACCGUGAGAAAGAGAGGGGGCGCUAUCGCAGAUAGGAGCUAAAUCUUUUUUUUUUUUUUUUUUUUUUUUUUUCUUUUCUUUUCUUUUCUUUUCUUUUCCCCCUCCUUUUUUUGGUCAUUUUGUGAACACACUGACAUUUUGUCACUAUGGAUUUCCAUUCAAAUACUUUUUAGUCCUGGAUUAGACUUAUUUGGUGUCCAGAAAACACAAGGCUAGUGCUCUUGUAGAUAAUGUGAUAGGUCGUCUUUUUUGUUGUUGCUGCUGUUCUUGUAUAAAGCUGAACUCUACUUCAAAAAGCUGAACUUUUCCUUUCCGAGUGUUCUUUUUUUAAUAUGCAUAAUGUUUUAUUGGCUCUAACGAUCUACUGGAUCAUGCAUGCAGUGUUUUCUACCGUGACAACCAAAAAUCUUUUCUUUUUCUUAUUUUAUUUUAAUCAUUGAACAUCUGGGGGCAUCACUGUGUCAUGGUGGCUUGCUGUACUAUGAAGGAAAUGGUAGUGUGUUUUUUUGCCAUUUUAGGACAGAUGUACCUAUUUCCUGCCUUCUGUUAUUCAGCUCUUAUGGGCCUCUGCCAGUUAGGUUUGAGGUACCCUGCACGUGCUAGUGUUUUGUGAUGUCUGUUAUUGUAUAUAGUGACUUAAAGGAUUGUUGAACAGUACAGCUGAGCACACCAGUCAUAUCAAAUGCUUUUAUCUGGCUUUAAGUUCCAAAUGUUUUGAGUUGGGGGUUUAAAAAAGCAAUACCAGCUGUUUCUUUCUACAGUCAGUUCUGAAAAGAUUAAUGUUAUGAAGGUCAGUUUUUGGUUGGUAAAAUUGUACCUUUUACUGAUACUUUUUGUAUUAAAAAAGAAAGAAAGAGAAA